AUGCUUCGCCCUUCGCGACGAACGUGGGCGUGUCGCAAAUGGCUGCACCCGCGAUACCAGAGCCGGGCCCUCGCGAGCGCCGCAUCGCCCUCACCCUCGUCGUUCGAAUAUAUUCCCGCAAACCACAGUGCACCACGCAAAACCGACGAUGAUAAGACUUUGCGGAGCGUAUUCGACUCACAGCCGUUUUGGAAUGAGUUCUCCCAGCAGCGCUCUGCGGCCCCUAGACGGGCUGGGCUAGUCCAGAACCAAUACCUGGCGAGCCCCGAAGGCUUCAUGACAUUUGCAAAUGUCUCGCUACAAAGGUGUCAGGCUAUUGUUGCCAAAGUCCUCGCUGCCUCGACGGUGGAAGAAUACAGGGCCCUGGCACGGGACCUUGACCGGCUCAGCGAUCUUUUGUGUCGCGUUAUCGACCUAUCGGACUUUAUUCGAACGAUUCAUCCGGAGCCUCGGAUACAAGAAGCAGCCACGCAGGCGUGGGCUCUCAUGUUUGAGUACAUGAACGUUUUGAACACGACGACAGGGCUGCAUGAACAGCUCAAUAAGGCCCUGAACAACCCCGAUGUGACAUCACACUGGACUGAGGGCGAGACAAUCGUGGCUCAAAUCCUCAACAAAGAUUUCUCUAACUCUGCAAUCCAUAUGCCCCCAAAUGUACGACAGCGUUUCGUGAAUUUGUCCAACGAUGUGAGUCAGUUGGGUUCUGAUUUCAUGAACGGCGCGGAGCCCGCUCGGUCCCAGGUCACAUUCCCUGCGAACGCUCUCCAGGGAUUGGAUCCGAUUGUUGUCUCUAAAAUCAAGAGAUGGAACAAGAAAGCACCAGUCCCUACUAUGGGAAUCGUUCCUCGGCUCGCCCUGCGCUCAGUCCAUGAUGAGAACGUUCGCAAGGAAAUAUAUCUCGCAACUCGCACCUCUGGCAAGCGCCAACUUGAAAGACUAGAAGAGCUUCUGGCUAAGAGGGCAGAGCUUGCACAGCUGACAGGCUACAGUAGCUUCGCGCACAUGACACUAGGUGACAAAAUGGCGAAGACACCUGAAGCAGUGUCGAACUUCUUGACCUCGCUUAUCUCCAGUAACCAGGGACCAGUUCGCGAAGAAUUGUCUAAGCUUCAAUCUUUGAAGGGUGGUGCGGCUUUGCAGCCUUGGGAUCAUGCAUACUACGUCCAUAAACGUGUUCUGGAGUAUACCCAAGCCCGGCGCUCUCGUCACUCGGGUGUUAUCAAUGAGUACUUCUCUUUAGGCACAGUCAUGCAGGGUCUUUCUAGACUGUUUGACCGCCUCUAUGGCGUCCGUCUUGUGCCACACGAAGCCUCUCCCGGCGAAACCUGGCAUCCAGAUGUCCGUCGAUUGGACGUGGUGGACGAAUCCGAAAGACACAUUGCUGUCGUCUACUGUGACUUAUUUACACGUCCUAGCAAGCACCCCAACCCGGCUCACUUUACUCUGCGCUGCUCCCGUGAGAUCUCUGCCGAGGAGGUCGCUGAGUGCGCCUCGAUGAACCAAUCCGCACACCCGAACGACGGCAUGGCCACCGGUGUUGAUCCACAGACCAAAACCUUGCGCCAGCUGCCCACGAUCGCUCUCGUGUGUGACUUCCAAGAGCCUCAGGCUAGUGGUAGUGGCCAGCCAACACUACUCAACGAGCAGAGCGUUCGCACUCUAUUCCACGAGAUGGGCCAUGCGGUCCACUCGAUUCUCGGCCAAACGCCUCUCCAGUCAAUUUCUGGAACCCGGUGCGCCACGGACUUCGCCGAACUUCCUUCCGUGUUGAUGGAGAGUUUCGCGACUGCGCCAGAAGUUUUAUCUCUGUACGCGCGUCACUGGAGAACCGACGAGCCCCUAUCAGAGAGUAUGAUGCGCAGCAUGGAGCUUGAUCGCACCGCCCACGGCUCUAUCUACGGCGCUGUCGAGAACGAAGCGCAAAUCCUGAUGGCGCUCGUUGACCAGGCCUACCACACUAUUCCUGCUGAAAUCAGCUCGGCUGGGAUUGACUCCACUGACAUCUACCACCGAGUGUUCUCUCAGCACUCCAGUCUCCCUGAUCCCGCCAAUGUCCAACCUCGCACCUCGUGGCAGGGCUUUUUCGGACACCUGUACGGCUACGGUGCUACAUACUACAGCUACAUCUUUGACCGUGCGAUUGCCAAUAAACUCUGGCAGGAUGUCUUCCAGUCCGGUCAGGCAGCCACUGAUCGCGCCGCCGGCGAGCGAUACAAGAACGAAGUCCUCCGCUGGGGUGGUGGUCGUAAUGGCUGGCAGUGUGUGGCCGGAGUGCUGGGCAGCAGUAACCCCUCCAAUGCCAAUGGGCGUCUGGCUGAAGGCGGCGACGAAGGCAUGCGGGAGGUUGGUCGCUGGGGCCUCGGGCGCGAGGGCAUGUCUGGUUAA